AUGAAAUUCCAAGUCAAUUGCUAUGUGGAGACUUGUGAAAUCUGCCAAAGAAGCAAGGGCCAUGUGCACAACUUUGCUCUCAACCGGCUUUCUGUCCCUGCAGGUCCUUGGGAAGACAUCUCAUAUGAUUCCAUUGUCAAGUUUCCCAAAUGUAAGGGAUAUGACAGCAUUCUGGUGGUUGUGGACUGCUUCACAAAAAUGAUGCACUUGACUCCCUGUCAGGAAACUGCCGCUGCUGAGGAUGUAGCUCAGAUGUUCCUGGAACAUUUCCUCAAGGCACUCUACAAAUCUCUGCAGAUCACUCCUAGUUUCUCUACUGCUUAUCACUCACAAUCUGAUGGGCAAACUGGUAUCAAGAACCAAUGGCUAGAGGCUUACCUACGUCCCUUCAUUAAUCCUAGACGGUCUCAUUCCAAACAACAAAUCCUUGAUGUGUUCCAUGUCAGCUUAUUGUCUGCUUUCAAACAGGACACAGAGUUUGAUUGCACAUUCACUCCUCUCCCGCCUGUGAUCACAACAGAAGGAGAAGAAGAGUAUGAAGUAGACAAAUUUGUAGAUUGGGCAGCAGAAGACAGGGUCUGGAAGUACAGGGUCAGAUGGAAGGGAUAUGCGCCCCAUAAGUACACAUGGGAACCAACCAAGGAUCUACAGCAUUGCAAGGACAAAUUGCGCGACUUCUUUGCUAAUUAUCCAGAUGCCCCAGCCGCCAAUAGUCCCAUCCCUGCAAAUGCACGCAAAGUUAGAAAGGGCAAGAUAGUCAAGCAACUCAGCAAAUCAAAAACUGCCCGCUUUGUCACUUUACAAGCUCUCACUGCUAGAAAUUGCCCUGCUAAGUUCUUCUUGCGCUCCCCACUAUCCCAGCGUGCCCAUCUUCAGCUCUAUUGA